AUGAGUUGGGAAAGGGUUUCCGGUAGAAAGGUUAGAAGCGGAAGUUUUUCAGUUUGGAAGAAGAACAAAGGAAAAGGAGCUUCUUCGGGUGAAAUCACAACUUCAUUUUUUGUCAUUGAGUUUUCUGAAAACAUGAAUGCCAAAGAUCUGUUUGAGGUCUUCAAGGUCUAUGGAGUCAUAUCAGAAGUUUUUAUUUCUGCUAAGAGAGAUAAGCGAGGUAAUAGAUUCGGUUUCGCCAAAUUUCGGAAAGUUCAUGAUCCAAGAAUCCUGGCCUGUAACCUUGAUAGCAUUGUCUUGGAAGGCAAAAAAAUCUACGUCAAUAUACCCAGGUUUAGUAAAGAGAACAAAAGACAUCUUCCUGUUAGUGAGAAGAACAAAAGGCACCUUCCUGAUUGUGAAAAUUUGAGGAGUAACAUCCAAACUGGUUGUACCAGGAACUUCUUGAAACCUAAUAUCCAGGUUAGGUCCUUUGCCAAAGUGGUAAGAGGAGAUUACCCUAAGUUUGUUGAUAGGGCCAAGGUAGGAGGUCAAUGCACAAAACAUAAGCUGGAUGAUGAAUGGUCAAGGAGGUUGAAUCGUAUGAGAGUGGGUGAAGUCAUGAAGGAUGGAAAUGCUUUCAACAUUCAGAAGUUAAUUUUUGAAGAAGGUUACUUUAACAUUAAGGCUACUCCAUUGGGAGCUUCAUUGUGUUUGUUGGAAGACACAUCAGGAGGAGACUUAGAAGGUUUUAUCAAGGAAGCUAGAGUAUGGCUAGAUAUCUAG